CUGGAUUAAAAAAAAUAAAAAUUAUGGAGACAGUUAAUAGAAUUGAUGUAUUCGCUGAUCACGUGAUUCGUGAUGACGCCAAUCACAAGGAAACCCGGAAGUAUCACCUUGCUGCAGCCGGCGUUUCAUUAGCAGACAUGUUGCUGUGGGUUCUGUCCAGCUUGCUUGUGCUGUUUAGCACCGUUGACUUGUGGUAUUUUGUGCGAGGAGCCUGGGCGGUCCUGAAGUACCUGUUCCAGGACCCGGUCCAAGACGUGCUAGCCGAGCAGGUCGUCCAUGGCCGAGUUCUCCCCCACGACAUUGAUUACAUGGGCCACAUGAACAACGCUCGCUAUCUGAGGGAGUGCGACUUCGCCAGACUGUCUUAUUACACACGCAACGGGAUGUUCAAGGCUUCCCACACACUCGGAGCGAGGAUGGUGGUCGGAGCCUCGACCAUUCGCUAUCGGCGGUCACUCGGACUCGGAGAGGCGUUCGAGCUGAGGAGCCGCCUCAUGGCCUGGGACGAGAAGUCAUUCUUCAUGGAACAGCGCUUCGUGUCCAAAUCCGACGGCUUUAUCUCCGCUGUCAUACUCUGCAGGCAGAAUGUUAUUCAUAGCUCGCCUGAUCAGAUUUUGCAACAUGUCUGCAAGAGAAAGGUGGAAUGCCCUGAUAUCCCACAAGACCUUCAGCACUGGAUCAAUUUCAUCUCAACUAACAGUCAGGCAUUGAGAGCGGAAUGCGGCUUAGACGAGAAGACCAAGUGAUUAUCACAGACAGUGUUUUAUUUAUCUAAGCACCUUUUCUUUUUAUAUUUAUGUUAUGCCAGUAUGCUAAAGGGAAGAGAAGUGAAAUCUUGAAAAGGAAAUCACACACAGAGCCAUACACAGAGACAAGGGAUGCAUUGCUACUGAGUAUUAAAUCGAUUUUGUGAUCAUUUAGCCAUCCUCGUUUAAAAAAAAAAAAAAAAAAAAAAAAAAAAAAAAAGCUCCGAUACCAGACCUAGGCCUAGUGUGUGUUGUCAUAGUAACGAAUCUACACCUUGAAAUAAAAGACGUCAACAGAAAGUUACCUACUUCACCAUCUUUGGAUAAUUCACAAUUCUAUCGCAUUUUGUAGUAUAAAUAGUGUGAGAAGUGAAAAUUCCAACAAGCAGAAGUAGUGCACUUCAAGUACCCGGAUCAUAUACGAAACAUAUAAAGAAAAAAACAAUUAAACUAAAUAAAUGAUCAGAGAAACAAUGUUAACAAUGAUGAUGAUGAUGUUUCCCCUAACGGGAAAAGCCCAAAGUAGAAGAAGACAUUAUCAGAGGAACAAAUUAAAAUGAACAGAACAGAAGAAAAUGUUGCAAGUAUUCAGCACAUUCCUUUCGCUUUUUACAUUUUAAUUUCGUUUCCUUUUUUUUUUUCGAUUUCAUUUGUCCAUUUGUGUUUGUGUAUAUAGAACAUUGAGUCUGGAUAUUCUGCUACACGUGCGUUUUUGCGUAAUUUUCCAUCGAAUGGGGGAAAUGCUUGUACGUGGCAUCGCUUGUACGUGGAAAAGUAGCACGUGGCAUCUACUAGUUUAAACAGAGCUAAAAAAAAAAUCCUUCUCUGAUGGAUUAAUACUAAGCUGGUUACUCGUUUCUGUAUCAGUGCAUCCCCAAUAGACCCGUUAAAGAUGUCUACCUGUUAUUUGAUUGAGUAUUACAGUAUUUAGUGAUCUUGAAAUAUAGGAUGGCAAAAAGGCGCUCUUUAGAAAUGCUUUGUGAUUCCUGACACUAUAUUUAUGCUGAACAAUGGUACAGUAUAUCUUUUACUAAAUUUGUUUUAGUAAUUCUGACAUUUUAUUCCGAAGGCUGCACGUAUUGGGUCCAGAAAGAUUUUAGAAUAUUUUGACCAGUAUAAUAACACGAUCCCAAGCUUGAAAUUAACAAUAAAAUAGAUGUAUGUCUUUUAUAUUAUACAAUGAUUGCUGAUCUAAUAGGUAUGUCAGUCUUGACUAUAUAUGUUUUUGGAUUUAUUUUAAAAAGAUGGGAAUAUAUUGAGUGAAUAUUUAUUUAUUUAUUUAAAGGAUUUGAGGAGAGAAUGUACUGAGAUGCAGCUUGCUUUCCGGCAAGAAUUUUGCAUGUUUUCAUGUUAACGCACAUUAUUGUUAAUAUUUACGCAAGAUCGAAUGAGAUGGUGAGCUGAGCCUGCACUUUGAAAUGAAUUUGAUGUAAUAAAAAGGUUUAUUUGUGACGGGGUUAAUAAAGAUCAGAGUAAUUAUUUUAUAA